GCAACGAUCAUCUGGCGAGCUCAUUUACAUUCCCACCCAUCUCCCAAAUGUCCGUCCGCAACCGCAAGAAUCAAGGAAAGGACCCCAUCGCACCUUUCGAGGAGGAGCUGCUGACUUAUAUCAAUGCGAGACACGACGAUUUAGUCGUUUGCGCUCAAUACUUUGCCAACUCAAAGAAUGCGCUUCAAACCAAAGUGUCAGACAUUGAUUCUGCGGGUUUUACAUUGAAAUAUGUCGACAAAAACAUGGAAGGCGAGCUUGCGCAAAAGGAGGUGCGGGUAGCGUUUGAUAAACCGGUUGCAACAAAGGAGGCCGUCAAGGAUAAGUUUUUGACAUUGGCGAAGGAGGCGCGAACGGGUUUGGGAUUGGUUGUUGACAAGAAAUACGUUGCACCGGGAAGCACGCCUCGACUUGACUUUUACCCUCCUGCUCAAAUUCUCACAGGUGCGGCCGCACUUUGGACGGUGGGUCUGGGCGGUGCCUUUGCGCCCCUUCCACCAGUUGCAGAGUUUUAUCGAAACGAACUAGGAGGGAAACAAAUAUUUGAGAACGUCAUAAUGGGUGUGCUAGUGCUACACGGCCUGGAAGCGUUGGUGGUACUCGGAUUUGGAGUGUAUGGACGAUUUUCUUUCCUAGACUUGGUGAAAUCAGCGGUAUUAACCAUACUGUUUGGGAUGGCGUGCGUGGGGCCAAUAAUCAAGACUGCGGUGAAGAGGAAGUUGUUCUUGGAUGGCCAAAAGGAGAGCAUCAAGAUCGGCUGAUCAAAAAUAGAUGAAAUUGAAACUAUUCUAUCGCACGGCGUAUUUGCUACCGUUGGCUUUACAUAAUACCUCGCCGAAUGUAGUCGAUGCCUUACACCUUUUAAAAAUUGCGUAGCCUAACCGGACAGAAUCCAACUGUUGAAUUACAAUAGUGCAUACAUUCACCGACCACCCGCCGCCCCAUCUCGGACGCGGUCGGUAUUAUAUAGAUACAAGCUUGGAGCAGUCAAUGCCAUUGUCUUUUCUUUUGUUUAUCGCAUAAUAGCCAUCUGAUGUUUCGUCAUAUCGAA